ACUGUCGGGUUGGGUGUUUCUGAAGCUCUACGUCGUGCGGGAAUUGAAAAUUUCGUCGAACCAAACGCUUCGAUAUACCUUCUUGCCGGCUCUGAAUCUGGCCGACUUUCCAUGUGGGAGCUGGAGAGUGAUGGAACCUGUCGCGCUGUCAAUCAAGCUGAGGAUUUCCAUUUAGCGCGCGUUGUCCAUUUCUUCUGCAUACCUUCUGGUGAAGCUGCAGGUGCUUUGGUAUCCAGUGGUGCUGAUAACUGCGUUAAAGUUUCAUUCUUUGACCGUCCGGACAGCGUGCCUAUAGCCAAACACAUCAGGAGUGGUCACUUUCUUCCUCCAUGCAAAAUAGCCUUUUGGACUGGUGGGACAGCUGGUGGCAGCCUUUUAGUCUCCGGUGGGCCUGAUUCUCAGCUACGGUAA